AUGGUUGGGAAGUCAGUAGUCCAGGUUUCAACCCGCCCUCCUAUGCUAUCUUCGUCGUUGAUUAAUGCAUCUCGUGGUUCUUCAAACUUCUUGCCUUGUCUUCCAGCAAGACCGCAGAAGAAACUCAUGAGGGUGCGAGCUAUGUCAGCAGAUACAGGACAUAACCAACCACCUCCCUCUUCUUCAGAGAAGACAAAUCCACUUGCAGUUGUUUUGGAGGUUCCUCGUAAUCUUUGGAGGCAAACAUUAAAGCCAUUAAGUGAUUUUGGGUUUGGUCGGAGGAGCAUUUGGGAAGGUGGUGUUGGGUUGUUUCUUGUGUCUGGUGCAGUGCUUGUUGCACUCAGUUUGGCUUGGUUGAGGGGGUUUCAAUUGCGGUCUAAAUUCAGAAAGUACUUGGCUGUAAUUGAGUUUGCUCAGGCUAGUGGUAUUUGCACAGGAACACCAGUUAGGAUCAGAGGGGUCACUGUUGGUGAAGUUGUCCAUGUUAAUCCUUCCUUGAGGAGUAUUGAAGCAGUUGUGGAGGUUGAGGAUGAUAAAAUUUUCAUACCUAGAAAUUCACUAGUUGAGGUGAACCAGUCUGGUCUUCUCAUGGAAACAAUGAUUGAUGUUACUCCUCGUGAUCCAAUUCCAACACCUUCUGUCGGACCUCUUGAUGCUGAAUGUGUAAAAGAAGGUCUAAUUGUCUGUGAUAGGCAAAAGAUAAAGGGAUAUCAAGGGGUGAGUUUGGAUGCCUUGGUUGGGAUAUUCACCCGUAUUGGACGUGAAGUAGAGGAAAUUGGUGUUGCCAAGAGCUAUUUACUGGCAGAGCGUGUUGCUGCUGUUAUUGAAGAGGCAAAGCCUCUGCUUACAAAGAUUAAAGCCAUGACUGAAGAUGUUCAACCUUUACUGUCUGAGGUUCGUGAUAGUGGCCUACUGAAGGAAGUUGAGAAUUUAACUAGAAGCCUAACACUAGCUUCUGAAGAUUUAAGAAGGGCACAUACAUCCAUUAUGACACCAGAGAAUACUGAGUUGAUUCAAAAAUCCAUUUACAGUCUGAUUUUCACUUUGAAAAACAUUGAGAAUAUAAGCUCUGAUCUUCUGGGAUUCACGGGUGAUGAGGCUACAAGACGGAACUUGAAAUCUCUUAUAAAGUCCCUCAGCAGCACAAUGUUUAUUUCAGGAACUGAUGUGAAUAGAACAGGUCUAAACACCCCUAAAUUUAAUCCUCGGAACUGCAAUCUCAGAAAUAUGAAAAAAAGCAAAUUCAAUGGGCUCAUGCUUUUUCUUUUUAAUGAGCUAACGCACCAUUUCGCCUUCCUUGCUCCUAAGAAAAGAGUGGAGACCUGGCCCUAUCUGACUACUGUGCAUAUCAUAUUUCCUUCUUUGCUUUUGGAUGCUAAGAAUGGGAUAGCAGCAGCCUACAUUGUCAUUACAAUCAAAAUGUUUUCUCUUCCAGUUGCUUUGUCAUUAUUCUUUCAUUUCUUUUUGCUUUCAAUCUCUUCUUUCACUGCCCAAGCUUAUGUUCCAUCCUCUUCAAGAUUCAAGUUCGUCAAUGAAGGAAGUUUUGGAAUGUACAUUGCUGAAUAUGGAGCACAAUACCGUCCCCUUUCUAUUCACAAUCCCCCAUUCAACCUGUUCUUUUAUAACACCACCCCUAAUGCAUUCACUCUUGCUCUAGGCAUUGGAGGAUCUGACACAAUCCUCCGUUGGGUUUGGGAAGCAAACCGAGCUAACCCGGUUCGUGAAAACGGUACCCUCACCUUCGGCAAAGACGGAAACCUUGUAUUGGCUGAUGCCGACGGCCGCAUUGCUUGGCAAACUAACACUGCUAAUAAAGGUGUAGUUGGCUUGGAAUUGCUUGCCAAUGGUAACAUGGUCCUUCAUGACUCAAAGGGUAGGUUUAUUUGGCAAAGUUUCGAUUACGCUACAGAUACCCUCUUAGCAGGUCAAUCUCUUCAGCUUGGACAUACAACAAAACUUGUGAGCAGGGCUUCUGAUAAACACAACGUAAAUGGGAUCUACAGUUUGGUGAUCGAGUCUAAAAGAUUAGCAAUGUAUUAUGCGAGUCCAAACUCCCCUAAGCCAUUUGUUUACUUUCUAUUUGAAUCUCUUAGUUAUAUAAAGAAGGGUCCUCUUGAGUUUGUGAAAUUUGGUUGUCAUGCAGACCUCUAUAGUGGUGGCGCUUCCAGUCUGUAUCUUGAGUACAGGGUUGCCAAUUCCUCUACCGGUGGGGAAAUGGAACUUGCUAGGCCUAAUUACAACGCCACAAUAACAUAUCUUAGGCUUGGUAUGGAUGGAAACAUAAGAUUCUACACUUUCAAUAAGGAAUUUGUUGGGGGCUCAUGGGAAGUAACAUUUACUCUUUUCUCCAGAGAUUCUAUGGAAAGUGAGUGCCAAUUGCCUGAGAGGUGCAACAAGUUUGGGGUUUGUAAAGAUAACCAGUGUGUUGCUUGCCCAUUGAAACAAGGUUUGAUGGGGUGGAGUGAGGAAUGUGAGCCUGCAAAGCCACCUUCUUGUAGGUCUAAGCAUUUCAGCUAUUACAAAGUGGAGUGUGUUGAUCAUUUCAUGUCCAAGUAUUCCAAUGGAGAGGGGCCAAUGAAAGAGGGUGAUUGCUGGAAGAAAUGUACUGUUGAUUGCAAGUGUCUGGGCUACUUUUACCAUAAGAAGACAUCAAGGUGCUGGGUUGCUUAUGAUCUUAAAACUUUGACAAAAGUUGCAGAUCCAUCUCAUGUGGGCUACAUAAAGGUUUCCACCUAA